AAAUGUCACCAAAACUGUCGAAACCGUUAUCACCGGGAGAUGUGAUAACCGAAGACAUGCCUAUCAUUCAUAUCAUACACAAUGAAUACAAAGACAAGUAUUGUGAUAAUUGUAUGAAAAGAUCGGAUCAGUUGAAGAAGUGCUCGAAAUGCCUUCACAUGUAUUACUGCAGUAAAGAGUGUCAGAAGAAUGACUGGAAGUAUCACAAGAAUGAGUGUCCACUCUAUGGCCGGGACUUGACGUCAAAACUAUCAACAGAUAAUUCGGUACGCAUUCGACUCCGACUCUACCUUUCAGUGCAAAAGAUCCCAAACUUUGCCACAAAAAAGUACCGAUUGUUUGACGGAUCGGAUGUCAGUCUCAAUGACAUCGCAGUCAAAGACAAUUGUCUUAAACAGAAGCAAAUUAGAGAAGAAUUGGAUGUCUUUUGCAAAUAUUUCAGAGCCGUAGGCAUUGAUUACGAGCGACAAGAAGUACUCCAUUGGUUGUCAUUCUUGUGGACCAUUCCUCUGCUUCCAAUCAAAUCUAGUGAUCAGGAAAUGCCGGACCCUAUCGGUAGCGGUCUAUACAUGCAAUACUCACUGCUCGGCCACAGCUGUCAACCCAACAGCGCUAUUAUCGUCAGUAAAGAACUAUCGAUACAAUUGCGGGCAAUGAGACCAAUAGCCGCCGGCGAAGACAUUACCAUAAGUCACAUACCGUUGGAUCUAAACCGUGCGGACAGACGGAAAGAACUGGCGUUUUGGUCUAUAGUGUGUGAGUGCGACAAAUGUGUCCACCAUUUGGAUCGUAACAUCGAUUACACACGUCUUCGGCCGUCAAAUCUGUUUCCACUCAAUGUCUUCACAUUUGGCACUCAAUUAAGCGAUUAUUUGCGGGAAGUGUUGAAUCAAUUGAAUAUUGUUUUCGGUGUAUAUCAUCCGCAGAAGACUAUUCUUCUGAUGGCAAUCGUUAAUAAAUUAUCCGAUUGUCCGCUAAUUCCCGAAUCGGUUUUGAAUGAAAUGAAAGCCGAUUUAAUGAAAGCAAUUGAUGUGACACUUCUUGCCGACAAUCCCUUAAGGAUUCUCGGCAUUCAUAGGUUAACUACAGUCAGUCUCAGAGACAUCAAAGUGAGAGACAAAGAGGUGAAUGUCGACGGUUUGGUUGACUACAUUGAGUUUGUUAGCCAAGGGUUAAGACGAUUACAUUUACGUAACGACCGGCAAGAGGUUCGCCAUUGGUUUACAUUUAUGUAUACCAUUCCUCUAAUUGCCAUCAAAUCUAGUAAUGUCUCACAAAUUGGUGUUUCACACGUCGGCGACGGCGGUAUCGGUCGCGGGCUAUACAUGCAGUACUCACUCCUCGGCCACAGCUGUCAACCCAAUAGCGCUUUUGUAUUUAACGAUCAAACAAAGUCAAUGGAAUUGCGAGCAAUGCGUCCAAUCGGUGCCGGAGAAGAGAUUACCAUUAGUUAUAUACAGAUCUAUAAAACUCGCGCCCGAAGACAGCGAGAGCUCCAAUGGUUGACAAUAGUGUGUGAGUGCGACAAAUGUGUCCACCAUUUGGACCGUCGGGUCGAUUAUCAGGCGUCAAAAGUAAUCCGCUUUUGGCCAUCGCGUGAGUUCUCAUCGGCUGCGCAAGUAAUGCAUUGUCUGCGGGAAGUGAUGGACGAAUUGGAUGUGAUUUUUGGUGAUUUUCAUCCGCAGAAGACAUGUCUUAUUCUAAGAGUAGUUAAGAAACUAUUCCAUUGUCCCGAAAGAGUGGUUCCCGAAACGCUUUUCGAUGAAAUGAAAGCCAAUUUAAUGAAAGCAAUUGAUGUGACAUUUCUGGCCGACUGUCCAUUGAGUGGUCGGUCGCCGAAGACGUUAACCAUCGAUCAAUUGUCAGCAAUUGAGAAA